ACAUGACAGUUAAACAAACAUUAACCGGCAAAUCUGAACAGUUUUGUCUUUUUUCUCUUCCUCGUAUAUUUGCAAACAAGAGAAGAGAAGAGAGAUAUUCACCACCGAGAAAGAAAAAAAUGGCGAUGGAUUAGUGCAACUGUGAAUGAAAAUUGAGAAGGGUAACCAAAAACCAAAGGAAGGCUCAACCAGAUCUAAUCUAAAUUCAGAUAAUUUGCGUUAAGAUUCGUGUAUGGCCACAGAGACCAAAAGCAGCACUGUGAAGCUCAAAUCAAGGGCCCCAGAUGGCUCUUCCAAGGGAAAGAUUGAUUCUUCAGCUGUCAGGAAGAAAGUGGAAAGCUCAAGCAAGCUCCCCGCUGAUUCAAAGAUGAAAUCUGUUUCAACUGUGACAAAAUCUGAGGUUAAAUCGAAAUCAACAUCGUCAUCUUCAAAGACAGUAACACAGACAACUACAAAAGCGAGAGAGAAGAAAGUCUACAGUCUGCCCGGGCAGAAGCAUGAUCCUCCAGAACAGAAAGAACCCCUGAGGGUUUUCUAUGAGUCAUUGUCAAAACAGAUACCAACAAGUGAAAUGGCAGAAUUUUGGUUAAUGGAGCAUGGGCUGCUAUCUCCAGAAAGAGCUAAGAGAGCAUUUGAGAAGAAGCAGAGGAAACAGAAGCAGCUAAGGACAGGAACUCCGGUUAAGUCAUCAAGGCAGCCGGAAACUAAAACUGAAACUUCACAAAAGCAACAACAGACAUCCAAAAAUGGUGACAUAAAAGCCAAGAAAAGAAUUGUUGAGAGCGACGAUGAUGAUGAUUUCAUUUUAAGUCAUAAAAGAAGAAAAGCAUAGUAAGAAGGACAGCCUCCAAAUGGUUGUAGCAGUGUUUUACAUUGCUUCAUAAAACUUUUAUUUAACUUGGGGAAAAAAUUUAAAAAAAUGUGAAAAUACAAAAUAAGGAGAAGAAAUUUGCCAGACAAUCUAACAAUUGUUAGAUCAAGACAUUCUUUAUGUUUCUAACUUACUGAGUCAAGAAGGGACAUACAAUUUUACGAGACUUUGGCAAUCUACAUGAUGACCAUUGAAACUAUUUUUCUGUUAUUUGACAGUUUCACUUCUGUGAGAUUGAAACUAACAAACCUUUUUGACUAGCUUAUUUCUUCUUAUAUAUUUGCCUCUGAAGUUAA